UACGUCUAUCUAAAGACAAUGGCUACUCAAAAGCUUAUCUCAGUUUUGUUGCUUCAACUCCUGCUUGUUAUUUUGGCCUCAGACUUCAGCAAUGGGCAGAAGUUGAACGUUGGGUUUUACCACAAAACAUGCCCAAACAUAGAGGCUAUUGUGGCAAAAACUACUCAGCAAUACAUAUCUCGGGCACCAACGCUUGCUGCUCCUUUGUUAAGGAUGCAUUUUCAUGAUUGUUUUGUUAGGGGAUGUGAUGGCUCUGUGCUGUUGAAUUCCACAGCGAGCAAUAGCGCUGAGAAAGAUGCAUUCCCCAACCAAAGCUUAAGAGGGUUCCAUGUCAUAGAUGCUGUAAAAUCUGCAGUAGAAAAGAAGUGUCCUGGUGUUGUUUCUUGUGCUGAUAUCUUGGCGUUGGUAGCUCGUGACGCAGUAAGAAUGCUUCAUGGAUCAUUUUGGGAGGUCCCGACAGGACGUAGAGAUGGAAGAGUGUCAGUAAACUCAGAGGCCUUAAGAGGGUUACCAGCUCCUUUUGCAAACAUAACACAGCUGAAAGCAACAUUUGCUUCAAAGGGUCUAAGUGUUAAAGACCUAGUGGUUCUAUCAGGAGGACACACCAUCGGAACAUCUCACUGCGGACCCUUUUCGAAUCGCUUGUACAAUUUCACCGGUAAAGGGGACACAGACCCGAAAUUGGACAAAAACUACAUAGCUCAGCUGAAGACAAAGUGUAAGCCAGGGGACAUAAAAACCCUGGUUGAAAUGGACCCUGGAAGCUUCAAAUUAUUUGAUGAAGAUUACUACACUCUUGUCAACAAAAGAAGAGGACUUUUCCAAUCUGAUUCAGCUCUUCUUGAUGACCCUGAGACAAGAGCCUAUGUGAUACAGCAAGCCACCUCUCAUGGAGCCACCUUCCUAAAAGACUUUGGUGCCUCAAUGGUAAAUAUGGGAAACAUUGGGGUCCUCACAGGCAACUCAGGUGAAAUAAGGAAGCAAUGUGCUUUUGUCAAUUGAGGGCAAAUGCAAGCAAGCAAGUUUAUAUAUUUUCUGUAUAUUUUUGUUUCAGCUGGUGAUCUUUUCAAUUUCCAAGUGUAAUAUAAGUUGACUGGUAACCAGGUCAUGUGAUUUUGCAGUGUUAUGGUGGUGGAGCCUUCACCAUAUAUAUCAUGCAACUUCUCAAUUAUUUUCCGGGCAAAUAAAGUAUUGUGGGGCAUUUUAAUUUUAUAAAAAAGAUUAUUAAUUGCAAAUUAAUAAAGCUUAAAUAUUCGUUUGAGACAGAAAUAUUUGUUUGUGUACAGCUUGCUUGAAUGCUAAUAAAGGGCCAGAGACAAU